AUGGCCCCUUGGUGGUUCUGGAGCCAUGUGGUGGGCACGGUCCUGGGCGCCGGGUUGCACGACCGCGUGCGUGAGUGGAGUGCGAAGGCCAGCAGGGAGGUCCAAUACAUCACUCAGAUGCAACCGGACUUGCUUUCCGGCGGGCAACCCUGGUGCGAUCUGGGCGGCUACCACGUGGCGACAUAUCUCCGCUUGAUCGAGGACUGGCUGCAGCAGUAUUUGGAGGCACCAGAUGUGGUUGAUCCGAUUCUGCGGCCCUUUCUCCUGGCCUCGAAGACGGCCACACAUGCCCUGCCUCAGUGUCCGCAGCUGAUGCUUCCGGCGCGGCUGAUAAGCACGGAGUGGCAGCUUCAUCAGCUGAAAGGCAGCAAGGAUUCCUUACUAUCCGGCCUCAUCCUCCAUUCUGCUGACGUUGUCGAGAUGCUCUUCUUGCAUAUCAAGAUCCAGGACAAGCUGCCGGCGUUGUUCCAGCAUCACAGCACCGCGGUUCUCUCGCAUCGCGCCUGGCAGCGCACGCUGGCGGUACUGAAGACUUGGUUCAGCUACAAGGUGCGCCCUUACAUCUUCGCCAGCGACAACAACUGCGCUGGGCAGUGGUGCUUCUUCGAGCCGUGUGAGGAAUUCUGCCCAACCGAGCUGUGCUUUGACGCACGGAUCGACUGGGUCGAAAACAGCUUCGAGCACUAUCUGGCGGUACUGCAAAGACUGCUCACCGACAGGCCCGGGGUGCCUUGGCCGACCUACGCGCACUUUGGGACGGAGAUUCGAGUGAUUGAUGGGAAGGAGGUGGUUCCCAUCUACGUGAGCCAUUCGAAGGCUUCCGUGGAUGGCGGGGUGCGCCUUGGCCUGAAGUGGUUUGUGUUCGGUUGGACAGUCCAUGGGAUGGGGGUGUGA